AUGGUAUUUGAAGGAGUUGUUGCAGAGGUUAUUGAUAGAUUCCUUGGGUCAUUCUUACAGGAGGUCACAAAGAAACAGUUGAAGAUUGGAUUGUUCACAGGAAAUGCAGUGCUCAAGAAUAUUGAGAUUAAGCCAGAGGCAUUUCAAGCGUUUGACCUACCAUUGCAGGUGAACAGAGGCAUCGUUGGCAAGUUGGUGAUCAAAGUGCCAUGGAAGUCGUUAAAGACCGAGUCGGUCGUCAUCCAUCUACAAGAUAUAUACAUUCUGGCGUCGUCCUCCAGUGGCGGGCACAGCUUCUCAUCGAGUGCGCGAAGCAGCGGUGGCGGUGGCGACCUCCACACGAGCAAGGAGGACAUGACAUCAUCGGAGAAGUUCUUAAAGUUCCUCAAACUUGACAAACCAUCCUCAAAGGACAAGGACAAAGACAAGGACAAGGAUAAAGACAAGGACGAGGAGUUGGCGAUGGACUUGGACUCGAUGGCGACUGCCGCGGCGAGUGGCGACAAGAAGAAGAAGGAGACAACAUCAUUCAAAGAGAAGUUGCUCACAAAGAUAAUCAACAAUGUACAGAUCAUUAUAGAGAAGUUGCAUAUUCGAUAUGAACAUCGACAGAGGUCAGGCGGCGAACUGCUUGCCAUGGGCCUCUGCCUCGAUCACUUGUUCAUUCAAUCGGCCGAUGCUGAUUGGCGUCCGACAUUCAUCGAGGUCAUGCAGGUGGACGUGCUGAACAAGCUGGCCGACCUGUCCAACGUAUCAAUCUACCUGGACCACAAAGUGCGCUCACUGGCCGACCUGUCCACAAAGGACCUGUCGGCAUCACUUCGCGAUUCAAUCCCCACCACGCAAGAGUCCAAAGGGCAUCACAUGUUGUUGGACCCACUGUGUGCCAACCUCCGACUGAAGAUGCAUCAGUCCGGAUCAAUACUUCAGAACAGCAUCACUAAGAUUGAGAUAGAGACGACCAUCGAGGAGAUUGGACUAUCCCUCGAGCCACAGCAAUACUCCUCAAUGCUGGGCAUCCUUGAAUCACUCAGCGAGUUUGUUAGCGACAUCAAGGAGGAGAAGAAGAAAGGAUCAUCAGCAUUUGAGACAUUGAUAAAGAAGACACUGGAUCUGAAGAAAGAGCGACAGAUUCAGAAGAGUACAGAUGAUGAGUCAGCGUCUGGCACGACAUCGCCAGCGAGUGCUACACCAACGCCAAGACAGAUGGAAAAGAAUGAGAAGAAGGAACGCGAGCUGCGGAAGAAGGAGGAGAAGGAACGCGCAAAGAAAGAGAAGAAAGAGAAGAAGGAUGCAGAGCGACGCGAAAAGGAGGACGCCAAGAAGCGCAAGAAGGAGGACAGGCGACUCAAGAAGGCAAUGACACUUGGCUCACCAUCACUGCUCACCGAUGUCUCGGACACAGUGUCGGUCAUCACGGCCAACAGCGACGACGAUGACACGACCAUUGACGACCUGAACGACGAUGACACCGACAUGAUGGAUGACGUGCGUAGGAGUGGCGACAGCGAACAUAUGCACAACUUUGAUGUUGAUGACCCUGGUGCGGAGGUGCCGACCUUCCCCAAACAGUCUAGGGAGUCACUCAAGCAGGCGCUCUACGAAACGAUCGAUUACACCAGCCCGCCGUCGGCGAGCGAGCUGGGGUCUCCGCCUGCCACAGGCCUCGACUCGCCCGUGGUGGCUACCAGUCUCAAUGUAAUGGGCAAGGAGAUCGUCAUCAACCUGCAUGUCAAGACCAUCCACAUCCAACUGCUAUCGGAUGACAGCACCAUGGACUGCCCUCUGAUCUAUGGUGACAUUUCAAACAUCUCAGCAUCAGUGUACAAGCGAUUGGAGGUACUCAAUCUCGAAGCCACGAUCAAAUCGCUCAAGCUGUCUGGUCUCUGGGUGCAGAACGAUCAGUUCCCCGACAUGAUCUCGUCAGGCAUGGCUGACUCUUUCCUCCAAUUCAAGAUGAACAUGAUCUCACCGCCACCCACGAACUCAAACAUCAAUGCUCGCCAAUCAAUGCCAACAUCACCGGCCAUGUCGCCAGUCCUCUCGCCAGGUGCCACUGCUGCAUCCUCAACAGCUGUUGCCAAGAGGAUAGCGAUCAAGAUACAGGUAGAGCCUAUUUACUUUGUGCUCAACACGACGGCGAUACUCAACUACAUGAAGUUGUUGACGCCAUCACAUGAGAUCAACCUGUCUGGAUUCUCGAGCGGACCAAACAAGAAGCAGUCGUUGGGGCCACCAUCACAUAUUGACAUGGACAUCAUAGCCAAGUCACCCACAUUCAUCAUCCCGGUGAUUGCCAAUGAGAUGGAGCCCAACUCACCCGACAAUGCAGUGAUGGUACUCGACUUGGGCACAAUCACACUCAGCACAACGAAACCUCUACAGCUUAUUGACGACACCUCUUCGUCGUCUGGCAGCAGUAGCACUGGAGGCGCCGGUGGCGACAACAGCGGAAGUGGCGGCGUAACCAACUACUACAUCUCAUUGAGUAGUGUUAAGUCAUACUUGACCCAGCCACCACAGAAACAGCGACAACCUGCAAUAACGAUUCAGGAGCUUUUGGAGCAGGAACAGAGGGCUGCAGAGGCGGCGGCAGCGGCGGCAGGACAAACACAUGGAUUGAAGGCAGAGCAACCAGUCCACUUCAAUCAAACUCAAAUAUGGGUGCUCAAGGAGGAGCUCAGCGGAAAGCCACUCUUUGAUACAUCGAUCGACGUGCGACUCAAGAAGCGCUCGGCCACAUCAACCGCGUUCAUCCCGAGUGUAUCGCUAGACGUGCGAUUCGCUCGCACACACUUCUACUUCUCGCCAUUCACAUUCUAUCAGAUUAGAAUGUUCUCGCAUCUUCUGGUCAUUGAAAUUGAGCGCGUCGAGGCGGCAUUGAUGUCAUCAUUCCAGUUUAAGAUACACGAGGAGGGACUUAGCGAUGCUGGCGCGGGCGGCGGCGCCACGCCCAAAGUCCCCGCACUGACAGUGACAACACCAUCCAAGGUCACGGCCACGGCGAACACGACACAGACACAACUGGCUACCACAUCUUCAAGUCUCAUUCAUCCAGUCAAUGUACAAAUGGACGUUGUAUUUGACAGAGCACAGAUUAUUCUUACCAACUUGCUCAGCUUCAACUCCAAGAGCGAGGUCAUCUUGGAGGCCACCCUUGACAGUCUGACUGCAUCAAUGUCAAUAGGGGUGGAGCGACCCAAGCUCACUGGCAAGUUUGGCAUCAACGCAAUCGAUAUCUAUCGUCCCAAGGACAUGGAGAGACCAGUCAUCACAUCCAAACACAGCGCAGAUCAACACACGGCAAUCAUCAGAGGUGACUUGAGGAUCCAUCAGAAGGCUGGUGAGGCACAUAAGACCAUUGACUUGGGCAUAGCACUCAAUCAAUUAUAUUGUAAUAUACAACCCAAGGUACUUGGUAACAUCAUUGAGAUUGUACAUAUGAUUAUACUUGUCAAUCGCAAGGUAACAGAGACAGUUCAAUCUGAUAAUGAUGUACAGAUUCCAACGCGAUCAACUUUGAACUUGAAGAUUGAGACAAAGUGCAUAGCGGGUGCACUGGUAAACCCUUUGGACUAUGAGCGGAUUGGACAGGUCGAUGUGAAGGAGGUGACAAUGCAUCUUCACAAGAGCGAGAUGUAUCGACUCAAGCUGGACAUGUGGCUGGCAGGCAUCGAGCUGUCUUGUCGCGACACCAAGGUGUUGGCGCUGGCAGUCGCCGGUCAGCCAUUGGUCACUCUCAAUUUUGAAGAGACGGCACUGAUCAAGAUGGUUCAGGCUCAGAUGAAUGCGCUACAUGUACUACUUCAACCACAGUGCGUUGGAACUUUGACAGAGUACAUGUUGGACACAUUCCAAUAUGUUCCGAGUAUUUUUAGCAAGCCUUCGAAGCGAGCCAGUGCCAACAGGUCGCCGACAUCCAACCCAACAUCACCGCGAGGUGGACAAUCACCAAGAUCGCUGCGGGAUAAGAAGCCACUCCAACUCAAGAUCACGUCUCAGGCGCAUCAGCUGAUCAUCCCGAUGCCCAAGGCACCGUCCAAGCGUCUUGUCAUCCUGUUGGGAAAUGUACGAAUGAGAAAUGAGGUCAUAGUUGUCCAACAGAGGUUCACAUUCACGCUGGAUGGCAUUGGCAUUGGCAUCAUCACCAGCGAGACAGGGGUGGACGACCCAACGCCCACUCAGACCUCAACUCACCUCCUCGAGAACCUAAUGAUCAAGGCUACAUUGGACACAUUGAUUGAUGAUGGAGCAGCAACAACACUGGCAUCAUCACCGAGACGCGACAACUCGAUACCAAAGAUUGGACUGCAGGUUACCAUUGGUGACAUAUUGUUCAGGUUGGAGCGACUUCUGAUCUUGGACAUCUUGGACACGUUGUUCGCAUUCCUCCCAACGAUCAAUGACUUUAGACGCGAGUUCAACAGUCUUCGCAUGUCGUUCAAGACCAAGCCCAACUCGCCGUUGGCAACCACCAAGUCUUCCACGUCGGCCGCACGUCGCGCAAUGACCACCUCAUCACCACUGCGUAUCUCAACCGCCUCUCCCCUGCGUUUCAUUCCCAAGUCUAUGAUGAGCGCAUCAUCACAGAUGCCCCUGAUCACGCUGUCUGAUGCGCUCAAUCUUCGUAUAUCGGCAUCGAUUGGCGCGUUCAACAUAUUGUGUCCAGAGGUGGCCAUGAAGUUCAUUGUGUCUGGCGUGGACCUUGAGGUCCAGACCAAGUUCAAUCACGACAUGUCCGCAUCGGUCAACAUUGGCAAGCUCAACGUACUCUACACCAACCCUUUACCUGCGGGCACAUUGAUGGGCGACCCUUUCGCGACCCUUACCUCAGGCGAUCAGUUCCAACGAAUCAUCGCGCUCAAAGAUGAGAACCAGAGCAACACGGUCAAGGUCACAUUCUCAUCACGUGCCAAUGAUCAACCGACCAACGAAUCAAUAUUUGGACAUAUUGCCGCCGAGGACCGGCUGCCAUUUGACACGCACCUCUUGUUGAUCGUGCGUUGCGUGCAGAUCACACUCGACUACCACUUCCUCGAGUCACUGCUCUCAUUCGCCUCGCCAAUACUCGAGCGAGUGUUUGAGUUGAAGCGCAGUACACAGAUCAUUGAGCGACAACGCAAUGAUAGCAAUGGUGGCCUCCUGCCACCCACGCUCACUCGCCCUCACUUCUCACCCAUGUCCCAACACGACAUGUUGCGGUCUCCAACAUCAGGCCGCAGGACAUUGCACAAGGAGAAGUCGAUUGUGAUGCCGUUCAUUCAAACAGCAAGCAUUGGUCAACAGAGACUGGCAGCAGGUGGUACAGGCUCUGGCACCGACUCAGGCACUGGCAUUGGCAAAAGCAAAGACAAGGACAAGCCAAAGGAACGUGUUAGAUUGGAGAUACAUGUGGAGAGCCCUCAAUUGAUCGUCACACUCAAUCGUGGCGUGGACAUUUUGCUCGUGGACCUUGGUCGAAUUCAGUUGGAGAACUUAUUCUAUACCCGUCGGAUCGAUCAUGACGACAAUGACAGUGGCAGUGGCAUCAACUCUGUGGAGUUUGAGUUGCUGCACAUUGGACUAAGCUCGCUGCUGGCGCAGACUAUGCACUUGUCGGUCGAAGCCGGCACGGACACCACCACGCCACUCUUACACGAUGUGAGCUGCAGCGUGUCGAUGCAGUUGUUUGUUGGAUCGAGCGAGCCCCUUCCUGCAGACUUUGAACAUCAGAAGCUCAACAUCAUGUGCAACAGUAUCCAGUUCACGCUCACCAAGCUCGACCUCUCAUUCCUCCUCAACACCGCCCUCGAGUACCUCUUGUUGUUCAAGGGCAGCCUGCACCCGAUCUUAACAUCGCGACGCAAGUCCAUCUCCCAGUCAUCAUCCUCGUCUUCAUCGACUUCGCCAAAGUCUGUGUCGCGACGAUCACAAAGCACAUUGGAUGGACAGCGACCACAACACAACACGACCAUUGCCAUCACAUUGAAUGAGUUGCGACUGUCUAUAUUUGAUGGAGGUGAUAUACUCAAUCCAAUAUCAUCAUUGAUCGUCAGCAACAUACAGGCGCACGUGGUCAAGGCUGGCGCGAUGACCACAGUCGACGCCAAUCUGCGAUCGAUCCGUUUGAUGGACUCACGAGUCGACCCCAGCACAUACUUUGUCGAUCUAAUCUGUAGCAAGAACAGCACGACAGCUGGCGGGCUUGGCAACAGCAUCAGCGGGGGCAUGUCUCUGCGCAAGUCGAUCGCACGCAGCACCAGCAACUUCCUUACCGCACACAUUGUGAUCGAUUCCAAGCGCAACUCAAUCAACAUCUCGAGCACAUUGGACAGACUGCGCGUGUUCAUCUCGCCCGCCAUCAUCUUCCUCGUCAUCGACUUCUUCAAGGAGCCCGUCUCAAAUCUGUUGCCAGACUUUAGCAAGCGCAUGGCCGCCGUGCUUGCGGCUCAGACCCCUCCCGCCACGGCGGCGAGAGCCCCUGCCCAGGAUCAAGAUGAAGACGAAGAGGACAUGAAGAAGAAGCGCACUUUGAGCGUGGAGGCCUCUGUCAACAAGCUUAAGAUCCUGCUCGUGGAGAAUCCCAAGUCACAGUACUCCAACUUGGUGAUUGGCAAGUUCUCUGCGGCGGCCAAGGUGUCCCAAUCACUAGGCUGCAAUCAAACGAUCAAUGUAUCACUCCAGAGAUUCCAGGUCUUCUCAUUCCGUCAUUCAGUGGCCAAUGUGUCGAGCUCGCGUGUAGCCUCACUCAUCGACCCUGUCAACAUUGAUGCUGUCAUAGUAAUACUCACGGCCAAAGAACAUGGCGCGCCACAUGUAGCGCGAGUGAUUGAAGUGAGCACCAAGAUCGACUCACUCAGUCUCUUCAUGUCCUAUCACGACAUCCUCCUCAUUGCCAGCAUCGCAGGACAAUUGAUCAAGACAUUCCCUGAUCUUGGAAUGGUCCCAGGGGCCUCAGCCUCGGUCUCGACUUCUGCCAUCGCCCCACCAGCCUCACCAUCAACAAAGCCUGCACCAACAUUGAUGGUGUCAGCAGACUUGUCAUUGCUAAACCUGACAUUGAUCAAUGAUCACAAGGAUCAGAACAUGCCAUUGCUCGAUGUCAACCUAUCGACGAUCAAGUUUAGAAUGGAUGGACAAAGACCAAAACUCGUGAUGACGGUUCAGGCCAAGGUCAUGCUGGACUACUUCAACACAGAGAAGACGUCAUUUGAGCCUCUGAUCGAGGGCUGGGAAUUCCAGCUGCUCUGUCGCAUGGCCAAGUCACCCAAGGUGGCAUUGGAGCUGAGCUCCAAGCAAUACCUCAACAUCAACGUCACAUAUGGCCUGGCACGCUCCCUCCUCACCACAUUCUACAGCAUCUCUGAUGACCUCAUGGCCUCGCUACCAGCCAUAUUCAAUCAGUUCAAGAUGACAAAGAGCACAUCAUCGUCGUCCCAGCCCCUGUCCACGCCACUGGGCAUCACCAUCACGGACACUGAAGACUCGCUGACCUCCUCAUCCACGCUCCAUAAGCAUCGAUCAUUGGACAAUCUACUCAACAAUCUUGACAACUCUGACACCCUUGUCCAGUCGCCACCCGAGUUGCGCGAUCUCACAAACUCAAACUCGCUCACUCUCUCAAACUCAAACUCCAACUCAAACUCUGGAUUUGUCACACGCAAAUCCAACUCUACCGUGGACUUUGCAAGAGUGCAGCAACAGACUGUGCAGCCAAACAUGAACAAGUCACCACUGCUCCAGACGAUAUCCAUUCGAAAGUUGACAUCAUCAUUCCACCCAUAUUGGAUACAGAAUAAGACGGGCAUCGAUAUUGAGUACCAGGUGCUUGAGAACAUGGACAUCGCGAUGCAGCAGUCGUCGUACGAUGACACUGAGCCACUGGAGAACGACGCCAAACAACCCAUCGUAAUGGUGUCCAAACGAGUGCAACAGCAGCUUGUGCGACGCACACGCGACUAUCAUGCCUACAAGACACUGUCAGGCGCGGAGCAAGGCCCCUUCCUGGUCGUGCGACUUAGCACAGGCUCGCUGCUCUCCAAGCCCGUGUCCAUCGCCAAGCUCGGCUACAAUACAUUGUUCAUCAACAAUCGACGAUUGGUGUUCAAGGUCGGCUGGAAUGAGGACGGCAGCAAGCUAGUGACCAUCCACUCCAACGUCACACUGCGCAAUGAGACCACGCUCGACCUUGAGAUCAGGAUCAUGGCUGAGACAACCAUGUCGCAGCAGCAACAACAACAGCCCUCCUUCCGUCCGCAUAUCCUGUUCCCGGGCGACGAGUACCCUCUGCCACUGCAGUACCUCAAUUCAAACAAACGAUUGUCCAUCCUGCCCAAUGGCGUGACGACAGAGUACCGCCACACGAACGAGUCCAACGACACGGUACAGUUGGUCGAUCAUGCAUUGAAGGACCUACACAGGAUUACAACGUCGAUGGCGCGCGGCGGACAUGUGCCACCCUCUCCAGAAGACGGCGCACGUGAACCAUUCUAUCGUAACAUCAAGUUGGUCGUCAGCACAAAGCAGGGCGACACUGACAAGGACAAGGAAAUUGGACAGGCGACUGGAGGCGAGGGCAUGGGAAUGGACCACCUCACAACAAUCAGGGUGUUACCACCCCUGGUGUUUGAGAACUUGAUUCCGUGUCCAAUCACAUUCACCUCACCCAGCGAGCGAAUCAGCAUCACAGUGGCACCGCAGGCACAACAAUCAAUCUAUUGCCAGGACCCCCGCCUCAGCACCGAGAUGAUCAUCUCGGACAUUCCAGGCUAUCCACCAGCACGCUAUCUUUUGAUUGAUUGCAACCGCGGCACUGAACCAUUGGUCAAGGAGAAGAUCAGAUUGAGCGAUCCCAACAAGACGACCAAGUCACUCAAUGUGAUGAUCGCAAGUCGCGAGCUGUACCCUGGCGUGGGCGGUGUCUACAAGCUGGCCUUCUACUCGCAGUACUGGAUAAUCAAUCGCACAUCAUUCCCCAUUGUCUACAAGAAGCCAAAGUUCAUUGCGAUCAAUGAGGCGUUGGUACCGGAGAUCGUCCAGAAGCAGAGCGGCAACAAGGGUAGCUCGAGGAAGAAGCGCGACUGCGCCAUCGACAACGCGCUGGUACUAUACCAUUCGAGCAAACUGAUGAUCAAGGUUCCCGGCUCGACAUGGUCGCCCAGCUUCUCCCUCGAGACAGUGGGUCGCGGCGGCGCCAUAUACUGCGAGGCAGACGACAGCAGCUACGACAAUGAGUACAACUUCCGCGCCAGCAUCUCUCUCGGCAAGGGCAAGCUUCAGCGCACCAAGAUGGUCACCAUCGACUACAACUACAUCUUGGUCAAUCAUACGCCAAUCAGCAUCAUUCUGCGCCAAGCAUGUCCCGGCGAGGCACAGGGCCAAGGCCAUGGCCAGUUGUUGUUGGAACCUGGCCAGCGCAUGCCAUUCCACUGGGAUAACAAGUACGAGUUGAGACACUUACAGAUGAAGAUGGAUCGCGAUGAGUUCUCAUGGUCGGGCGCAUUCACAAUCGACGACAUUGCCACACUCACAGUCAAGAUGCGCAACUGGCAGAACACAUUGGCACCCUAUCUGGCCAAGGUAGAUGUACGCGACAAUGGCACGCACAACACGAUCAACUUCCUGCCGCAGCAAGUCGGUCAUCCUCCAUUCAGGAUCGAGAACAAUACGCCAAUCAACAUUCGCUACUUACAGCUGGGUUGCACGCAGUAUGACUCGCUUCCCGCCUUUACCACUGCCGACUAUUCAUGGGACGAGGUGAUGGGUGACCGCGUGCUCCAGAUCGAGGUCGAUGCCAACCCGACCAUCUCAUUCAAGUGCAACAUUCUCAAGAUAAAGUCGUUCAGGCCUGUUCGCAUUGGCAUCAGUACACUGUACAGCUACAUGCGCGUGGAUGGCCCGACGCGAGUGCUCUGUUUGUCCUAUGACAGGCAGUCGGUUGAGGACGAGGAGACGCCAGAAGUGUCGAGACUCGAGCUGCAGGUGCGUCUGCCAGGCAUUGGAUUCUCCAUUGUGAACGACACACCCAAGGAGAUACUAUACCUGUCGCUCAACGACAUCACAUUCUUUUUCUCCAAGUCCAACAUCUACUCGCGUCUCGAGCUAAUCCUGCGAUCGAUCCAGAUUGACAAUCAACUACUGCACACUGAUUACCCUGUUCUAUUCUAUCCGAGCGGUGCGGCUGAUGAGCGCAUACCAAUGGAUGGCGAGGCGGCACAGCAGGGUCCCAAGCCGCACCUCCACUUUAGCUUCAUCAAGAAUGAGGAGAAUGUCGAGCUCAUUCACUUUGAGCUGAUCUCAUUGCUCAUCCAAGAGUCCAAUCUGAUGUUGGAGGACAGCAUCCUGUCAUCAGUCAUUGAGAUGGUCAAUAAUCUGCUUCAGCUCUCCAAGAAGUUGAAGUCAUCAAAGCUCAAGAAUAACCUAAAGGCGCAGGCUCAGGCCCAAGUAGCACAUGGAUUGGAGGAGGACGACCAACUACAGCAGGAGCAACAGGACGAUCAUAAUGAUGACUUUGAUGACAAUGACCACAGCAACACAAAGAAGUCAAAGAUGGUCUACAUCAAACUAUUGCUGCUACAUCCUGUCAAGCUGAUACUAUCAUUCUCAUUCGUUCGUGAUGGACUGAUUGAACAAAGAUCUGAUGUAGUUGGAGUCCUACUGGAGGUGAUAGGCGUCAGCUUUGGCCUGGAGAGGACACAACUUUGUCUGAACUCAUUGAUCCUGGAGCAUCCAUUCCUCAGCAAGCGAUCAUUGGUGCAUCGUAUCAAGAAGCACUACACAAUCCAGACACUCAAUCAACUGUACAAGGUCAUUGGCAGCUCUGACAACAUUGGUAAUCCAGUUGGCCUGUUCAAUCAUCUGGGUACCGGUGUCAAGGACUUCUUCUACGAGCCGGCUUUGGGUAUAGUCCGUUCUCCAAAGGACUUUGGUAAAGGACUUGCAAGAGGCUCGCUGAGCUUGCUUAAGAACUCUGUUUAUGGACUAUUCAACACGCUCUCAAAGAUAUCUGGCGCAGUUGGCAAGGGUGUGUCAAUACUCACAUUCGACGAGCAGUACUUAAGACAAAGACAAAGAGGUCAGCAGAAGAGAGCCAGACAUGUAGGAGAAGGAAUAGCAUUUGGAUUCAAAGGCUUGGGCCGAGGAGUGCUGGACGGUGUCACAGGUAUCGUUAGGAAGCCAAUCGAGGGUGCCCAAAAGGAUGGAUUCCAGGGAUUUGCCAAGGGUGUGUUCAAAGGAGUCGUCGGCGCUGGUGUCAAGCCAGUCGUCGGUGUAUUCGACUUUGCCGCCAAGACUACAGAGGGCAUCAGGAACACGACCAACCUCUUCAAAGAUAUCCCGCGCAUCCGUCCUCCUCGAAGCUUUGGCAACGAUGACAUCCUGACCGAGUACUCACAUGAGCUAAGUGAGGGACGCUUCAUCCUGGACAAGACAUUCAAAGGCCGCUUCAAGAAUGAUGUAUACAUCACACACUUUACUCAUGGCAAGUUCAUCAGCGUCAUCACCAACAAUCACAUCAUCUAUGUCAAGACGAUAAGAUACUCAUUCAAGUGGGCUGCCGAGCUUGCCAACAUCAAGAAUGUGGAGAUCAUUGAAGAAGGUGUCACAUUGCACUUUGAACAUCUGCAGCGCAUCAUGAUUGUGGACUACCGUACCAAGUUCACCAUCCCAAUUCCAGACAGCCAGGAAUCGCUCAACUUCUGCAUGAUACUCAAGGACUUGAUCGCGCAGCACAACAUCAGCUUGGCCAACCAACAACAGCAUACUGACAGCAGUUAUGAUCGUUCAGAUACUGAUGACAAUGAUUGA